GAGUGCACCUGCCACCACACCCCACCCGCCUUCCCGUGCAGUCAUCACGAACUAUGCCUUCUACCGUUCUGGGAAAGAGAACUCGCAGCGCAGCUCGCGCAGAAGACGCAAAGCGCAAUGUCACAACGCGCGCAAAACGACGAGAACAGUUUGUGAUCCUCGAUGAAGCGGAGAAGGAGAACCCAUUUGUCACACCGAAGAAGGCGAUUCUGCAAGAUGAUGAUCCAAUGGACGUGGAUGAGCUGGCGGAGGAGGAGCAACCAUUGGCAAAACGCGGAAGAAAGGCAGGCACGACACCUGCGAAGCAUGGCGCGCCUGCAUCACGUCUUCCUCUGUCGCCUACAAAGACGUCGCCCUCGAAAGCACCAGAGAAGAUCGCCUUCACCCCCUCAACACCACGACACCGAGACGCGUUCGCCAGCAAAGUUGCCGUCACACCAAGACACCGACUCAUUCUCGCUGGACGACCACCAUUGACACCUCGAUCGCCACACACAUUGGGUACCCCUCGACACACCGCUCCCACAGUCUACAAUGAAGCCCGCCAGCUAUUCUCCAGAGGCUCCGCGCCUACAGUGUUAUUCGGCCGAGAAGAAGAAAAGAAAGAGCUGCAAGGUUUCAUCUCGACGCGCACAAAGAACAAGAAGUCUGGAUGUAUAUACGUCUCCGGCCCGCCAGGCACUGGCAAGAGCGCAUUCGUAGCCGACAUCUGCCGCACAGUCGCAACCAAUGGCACAGUCGAGACGGGCUAUAUCAACUGUAUGAGCGUCAAGAACGCCACAGAUCUGUAUAGGACACUUCUGGAGGAGUUUGUGGAUAUCACCGAGGUCACUGAGGGCACGGAGAUGGACACAUUGAACGGUCUCUUCAUGCAACGCCAAACGCCGUAUGUUGUUACAUUGGACGAAGUGGACCAUCUCAUGGAGCUCGACAUCGACCUUCUGUACAAUAUCUUCGAAUGGUCGCUCCAGAAAACCUCUAGCCUUGUCCUCGUUGGCAUUGCGAAUGCGCUCGACUUUACGGAUCGGUUCCUUCCUCGACUCAAGGCCCGCGGUCUGAAGCCUCAUUUACUCCCCUUCCUCCCGUACACCGCGCAACAGAUUUCUUCUGUCAUCACAUCAAAACUCAAGACGCUCCUUCCGGCUGGUUCGAGUCAGCUCCCCUUCAUCCAUCCAACAGCCAUCAUGUUCCUCUCGAAGAAGGUUGCGGCGCAAUCCGGUGAUCUGCGCAAGGCCUUCGAUAUUUGCCGACGAGCGAUUGAUCUCAUUGAAGCCGACACGCGGGACCAGCAUGCUAAAAAGGCCGUUGAAAUUACACCGUCUCCCACACCCUCGCCGUCAAAGACGCCACUAGUCGAGAACAACAAUCUCUCAUCAUUCGCACUGCUACGAUCGCCCUCCAAAUCGAAGCCUCAAAAUGCACUUACGACUUCGCUCGCCCAACUCACUGUCGACACCGCUCCUCGAGCAACCAUUGCACAUAUGGCGAAAAUCACAGCAGCAGUGUUCAGCAAUGGUACAAGUCAGCGCCUCCAGAACCUCAACCUCCAGCAAAAGGCAGUCCUCUGCUCGCUUUCGGCCAUGGAGAAGAAGAAGCGCGCCUCGGCCGCAGACAAUGUCCUGUCAACACCUUCAAGAUCUCACAAUACUGCACCUACUAUCAAAGAGCUCUUCGAGGCUUAUACCGCUCUGUGCAAGCGCGAGAACAUCUUACAUCCGCUCACGAGUACCGAGUUUCGCGACAUCGUCGGCAGCCUGGAGACUCUCUCUCUUAUCUCGGCAGUAGAAGGCAAGGCAGGGUCGUUGGUCGUUGCGGCUGGUACACCCAGCAGAAGGGGCCGGGGCGGCUUUCCUGGUAUUGUUGUCGAAGAUCGUCGCGUUGCGAGUGUUGUGGGUAAUCAAGAGCUUGGAGCUGCUCUUGCGGGUCCCGGUAGUGGGAUUUUAAGGGGCAUUUUGGAGGGUGAUGAGUAGGAAGAUAGUUUUUUGGAUUGAUCGUGUAACAUGGCAGGUACCAUUGUGCGUGGAACUUGGUGUUUGGAUAGGUGGGUAAAGAAGGUGUACAUCAUACAUGGAGUGCAGGAAUAGCGUUUGGAUUUCCAUUGAUCUUUGCAUAGCGUGGGGCGUUCAGAAGAUUAUGCCGAGGUUUUGGAUACUGAGACUCGACGGCUUAGAUAGCAUAGCAUGGCGCCUUUUCUGACUGUAGAACAGAGAAGUCGAAUGAAUUC